UGCCAACUUCUGACGACACGAGUAGUACGGUGACAUGGUGCUCGAAUCGAAGCCAGGACCCCAUAAGCCACAAGAUUCCUCCGGAAAUCGCCUCCCGAAUCUUCAAAUUCUGCAUUCCACCAGUUAUAGAAGGCAAAAUCCCAGAUGACGGACCGACCUCACUCAUGACUCUCGGUGCCGUUUGCAAAAGGUGGCGUGGAAUAGCGUGGUCGACACCGGGUUUAUGGACCGCCGUUCGCAUCUAUCUCGACCCCAGCACUGUAUCUUUGCAUCAGGAGAUGCUGGAAGCAUUUCUUUCCCGUGCAGGACAGCUCCCCGUCUCCAUCCGCGUUGUAUCGACAGCGAUGCUUCCUCGUCUUGAUUCGAAUCCCGGUUUCAAUGCAUUCCUUGACAAAAUCAACCAAAGUUGUCGUCGUUGGAAAAGUUUGGAUAUUCAUAUCCCUCCUCCUCUGUUUACACGUCUUCAUUUCCAAGACAAUACCAUCUUGGAGCAUCUACGUAUGAGCGUCUCACGAAGCGAUGAAGCAUCAGAGGGACCGCUCGACAUCGGAAACGCAAGCCCCAAAAUUGUUGAAAUGGGUUCCAGGAUCAAAGCAAUCAAGCUUAAGUGGAACAAUCAGUACUCAAGCAGAUCGUCCUACCUUGCCUGGAUUACCUCAGUGCCACCUGUUGCUCCUCGGAACCCCUUCAAUCCAUGCUUAUUCGUUCUCAAUGCCCCAUACGCACCCUUCAUCUCGCAAAUAUGUACUUUUAUAGACCAGUCGAAGACGGGUUCGCCUUCAUCAAAAUCCUCCAAGGACCUGGAUCCACUCUUCUGCCACCUUGGGGCUACAUCUUCUAUUCGAGGCCCUGAUACCGACGAACCGUUCCUCCUCAAUCUUACAACACUUUCAGUAUCUUGGCGCUCGCACUCAUGGGCAUCUGUGCCCUUGAUAGUUGGCGACGCUCCAGAGUCAAACGGACGUUAUCGUCCUAUUCAGAAAUUGACAAUUAAACUCGCUGGAAAGCAUAAGACUUUCGACUAUUACAUCGACGAGGGACUCAUCCCAGACAUGCUCAAACUUCGCGAACGAGUUGAUCUGGAAAUCUUGGAUGAAACUACCGGUGAAGACAUGAUCGAAGUGUCCCAAAAUUACUAUGAUGAUUGUCGCCGUGAAAGCGAACAGGGUGCAGACAAAGCAUCAGACGAUGGUGUGGUGGAGGAGUGAU